CACUGAACGAAUAUGACAUUACCGAUAUGAAUGACUUUACGCGUUGAUGGGUCCGAUGAUGUUGGUAUAUACCCCAAAGUGUGAAAUCCUCCAAUAGUAGUUGCAGAGAACAGUUUACUACCGAUGAUGAAGCUCGCUACGAGGGCGGGGAAGUUUCAUUCACUACAAUAUAAGGUAUAACAUUCCCAUGUGUGGCAGCUUAUAUCUAUUACUCCAGCACCUAUUGAAAAAUCAUGCUAUCUAUUCAGUUUAUUAUCAUCUUGCUUCUAAGCUCUGUUGCGUUCAGCUUGAAGAUCGCAACUUCUUUACAAUGGAUCGAGCACACACCCCAGCCUUAUGCGAUCAAGAACUUUUAUAAAGGGUCUACCUCAGCUACACUUACCAGCGGAGGCGUGGCCAACCUUGGGUCCGACAAGUCCGUGGAUCUCGCCGCCAAUGCCGAAACACAGGGCUUAAAGCAAUACGCGUCUCACAAGAACAUUCGACUGAUUUACAUGAUAUGCGAGGCAUCCUAUCGAAUCGUGGCGAACAAGAAAUCAGGUAUCAAAGAUUUGAAAGAUUUGAAGGGAAAGAAAAUAGGCACGAUCCCAGGAACCAGUGCAGGGGUGUUCAUUUCCCGAAUGAUGAAUAGUGUCGGUGUGAAGGAGUAUACAACUGUAAGCGGCAACGUGUGUAUGAAGGCUCCGUGCGGAUCGGGUACGUUUCCAGCCAUGAUGAGUGGCAAGCAAAUAGAUGCAUUUGGGGUGUGGGAGCCUGCCGUCGAACUUGGAGCAAAAGCACUGGGUGAUGAUGCCGUCAUCUUCCAAAACGGGUCUAUCUAUCGCGAAAUGUAUGCCCUAUACACCACAACGGAUAAGUUGAAUGACCCCGCCAAACGGAAGGACAUCGUGGAGUUUGUGAAAGCAUUGAAUCGAACUCUGGAUGUUUUCAACAAUAAGCCAGAGAGUGUUUACCAGUUUGUUGCAAACGAAGUGGGCUCUGAUGCGAAAGUCAUUGCAGAUGUAUGGGAAGAUCAUAAAUGGAGUGGCCGUUGGGGCGACGACCUCUUGGAUUUGUUAGUGGAUGAGGACAAAUACUUAGCAACGCAGGACAAGAGGGCUUCGGCGACCAAAGCAGAUUUGGAAAAGUUCCUUGAUACAAGUAUCAUCGAGGAGAUAUCUGGAACGCAGUCGAAAUGAUUUCGUUCCAAAUUGACUCCCACUGUACAAUUAUCAAUCAGCGGCUUUUUCCUCCAUCCAAAGCAAGGCCAGAUAACACGCCAAUGGGGUUCAUGGCCUAUGCGGACAGCAUCAACGAAAGAUAUCAUCAAUCUAUUCAGACAUACACAGUGCUCAUAUUGUUGUUAUUCAUGCCAUUUGAGAUUAGUUCAAAAAUGUCUGGCUUCGUGUUACUUUGAAGAUGGAUUGUCGACCUCUACAUUAUCUAGACAAACUGCGUGUAACACUGGAAUAGAAUCGACAGACCAUGUCACGAUACAUUAGUAGACCUUCUUAUGAGGCAUGUCCCAGAAUCAUAUUACU